AUGGUGGGAAUUCUUGGUCAAGGUGGGAUGGAGACAACGAGGUUCUCAAAGUCCCUGGAAGACAUAGAGCUUGCGCAUGUGCACUCCACCCAACUUUCUAUUCCACCUCAACUUUACCGCUGCUUUCAACUGUUGCGCACGGCGACACAGGCUCGCUGCAUUAGCAGCGCUCAGAAGAAUUCGGCCGCUGCCAUCGAAGAGCGCUACGCAUGCAAAGCCUUCCUGCCCGCGCCUGUCCCCGAUGAGACGCUCAAGGAGAUCCUGAAGCUCACAUUGCGCGCCCCGACGGGCUUCAACGUGCAGCCCUAUGCGUGCGUGUUGGUGCGCGAACCAAAGGACCGUGAGAAACUAGCGGAGGCCAUGAUGGAUAGUAACAUCCGCAAGGUAAAGGAAGCCCCCGUAGUGGCGGUCUUCGCGGCCGAUCUGGAGCCAAGCAAGCGCGUUCCGCGUCUGCAGCAGCUGGCCCACGACAACGGUGCUUCCGCGGACUUCGUGGCUAACCUGCCGCACUUUGUGCGUCUGUUUUCUGGCGAGGGUGUGGUGGCAAGCGGUCUCCGUGCGGCCAUAGCGACGGCCGUGUCCCCGCUGCUGCCUGUGCCUUCCAACGUAUCGACUGAAGCAUGGGCGUUCAAGCAGACAGCACUCGCCGCUGCGACGUUCCUGUACGCCGCUCAAGCACACGAUCUGGCAACGUGUCCGAUGGAAGGAUUCGACCAGAUCCGUGUUCGAAACGCGCUGGACAUCCCGGACCGAUACGGCGUCCCGGUCGUGAUUGCUCUCGGCCACGCCAACCCGGAUGCUAAGCCCCAAAAGCCUUCAGUGAGACUGGACCCGACCGAGAUCUUCUUUGACGGCAAGUUCGGCAACUCAAGUGACAAGAUUUUCUCCGACAAGUAACACAAGUAUGGACUUUAAGCUACACAGCAACUAAGUUUUUUUUAACACACACACUUAACUUGU